AUGUUCAAGAUCACUGCUAUAGUUUCACUCGUCCUUAUCGGUAGCACCCUCUGGGCUUCUGGCUUAUCAUGCGACUCCUGUGGCAGUGAGUGCUUGUCUGCUUGCGGCACCAGGCACUUCAGGUCUUGCUGCUUCAAUUACUUGAGGAAGAAGAGAGGACCGGACGCGGUUAAACUCUGGUCACCAAGUUUUCAAGACAAAGGCAGUCGGCAGGAGCGGCUUCCGAUGUUCGCUGUUAAAUCUGUGGCUGAACCGUGGUAUUCGAAUGCAGUAGCGAGCAACAAUAAACCAUUUCCAUAUGACGAUACGCUCGAAAAUCACUUUCAGUUAGUGUACGAUGUUUAA